AUGGAACCUGGCGUGCAUCAAGACAAAUUGGAAGAAUUUGCUAAUUGGCUAACUUCAAUAGGUGAUGGUACUAUUGGAGUAGAUAAUGAUGGUUACGCUGAUUUUGAUAACCCACCUGAAUUGUUAUUGAAGUCAACUGGUGAUCCUAUUGCCACUAUUGUUAAAAGUACAUUCCCCAACUUUACUGGUGCAAACAUUGAUGAAAGUUGUUUUAAUACCAGUGCAAUUCUAGCAUCAACAUUAGAGGUGGUCAAUGAAGUCAAUGAGUAUAUGUCAAACUUAACCGAAGGUGAAAGAAAGACAUAUCUAAGUUCUGACACAACGUGUAAAGGAGAUGGUUCAAGUUUAGUUCUUGCUGAUGUGCAUACACCAGAAUUCCUAAAUACCAUAAGAGCAUCCGGUCUUCCAAAUCAUUCUUUGAUUUUAAAAGUGGGGUUACCUAUAAUGUUAAUAAGGAACAUUGAUCAUAGUCUUGGAUUAUGCAAUAGAACUAGGUUGGUGGUAACCAAAUUAGGCUAA